AAGGGGCCUGUACGCAAAUGUGGCAUCCGGGAAUCGUGUGCCGUGGUCUGCGCCCGGUUUUCUAUCGUAGCUGAAGGGACACCCCACACCCGCCCGCUCGCUUCCGCUCCUCCGUUCCCAAACCUCCCCAACCAGCAGCUCUAGGGUUUUCGCCGCCGCCGCCGCCGCCGCCGCCCAUGGCCGCCACUCCGGACCGAGCCAAUGCCGACCUCCGCCAUGGCCUCUCCGUCGACACCCCCCUGCCGCCCCAGAUUGCCAGAGAGAAGCAAGGCCUUGAUACUGAAAUACCCCUUUCUCCUCAGUGGCUUAUGAAGGUGGGGGAAAACAAGGAUCCUGUUUCACAUGGUAUCCGCUCAGAUGUUUCAAAAACAUCAGGGGCUGGUGAAGACCAAGGCUACAAUACGAAGAAAAAGGAUGUUUUCAGGGCUUCAGUUCUUGAUGGUGAAACUGGGCGUCGUGACCGCUGGCGCGAUGAUGAAAGGGAACCAAAUUCAACCCAUCGGUGGAGUCGCUGGAGGGAGACAGAUAAGGAACAUGGCGAUGCACGCAAAGCGGAAAGAUGGUCAGAUGACACCUCCAAGCAUUCUGUGGAUGGACGUCGUGUUCCGCAGGAGCGCUGGGGCGAUUCCAAUAAUAAGGAUGGCAGUUAUGACCAACGACGUGAGAAUAAGUGGACUGCACGUUGGGGUUCCAAUGAUAAGGAGUCUGAAAAUUGGCGUGAUAGGUGGGGGGAUUCAGGCAAAGAGGGUGAUGCUUACCGUGAAAAAGGUUUAUCUCACCAUGGGAAGGAUGCCAACAGUUAUGAAAAGGAUGACAAUAUUUCUCGUUCAUGGAAACCUAGUUAUUCCGCAGGCCGUGGGCGUGGAGAUUUGCCAAAUUAUACUUCUCAGACACUGCCGAAAUCACCUGCUCCUUCUGGAUAUGGUAGGGGGAAGCUAGACAAUGAUUUUGCAAAGUUUCCAAACAGUCGUGGAAAGUUCACAUCUGGUACAAGUGCAAUCAGUAGUGGAUCUUCACGACCAUUCCAUCUUGGUCUUCUUUCUGACAGACCUGGUGGUAUAUCAGAUCGUUCGGCAUUCAGAUACAGUAGGCUGAAAUUGCUUGACAUAUACCGAAAUUGUGAUGUCACUGAUUUUAAGUUAUCUGUUGAUUGUUUGGAGGAACUCUCUGUGUUCAUGCAAGAGGAUGUUUUAGAACCUUUAGCACUAUCUGCUCCUGUUGCUGAAGAAGCGACCAUUUUAAAAGCUAUUGACAAAGGGGAUAUCGUAAACAGUGGUGUCCAUCAGGCUUCUAAAGAUGGUUCUGUUGGAAAAGCUGGUAGAGAAGACCAGCCAGGAGGUGUGGAAGUCUCAGGUCUUGCUGGAAAUACUGAUUUGGCAGCAAGAGGGGAACCAAUGCAUCCUGCGACAUCUACUUAUGUUGUUCCACAAAGGUCACAGUUUAUUGGAGAACAUAAACUUGGACCAUCUGAAUUUGGGCAUCAAAUACCUAAUUUCUUAAAUCAAGAAUCAAAAACUGUUGGCAUGUUGGGUUUUGAUAACUUUGCCAGUCCAGUGCAUUCUCAUCCUAAUCCAGAAAACCUCUCUCUAUACUAUAAAGAUCCACAAGGUCAAAUUCAAGGCCCUUUUUCUGGUGCCGAUAUUAUUGGCUGGUUUGAGACUGGUUAUUUUGGCAUUGAUUUGCUGGUUCGUCCAGUGAAUGCACCCCAUGAUGUUCCUUUCUUAAUGCUUGGGGAUGUUAUGCCUCACCUGCGAGCAAAGGUAAGGCCCCCACCAGGAUUUGCCACUUCAAAGCCAAGUGAUAUGCUAGCUCCAGAGACCCUACCUACAGGGAAGUUUGUCAGCUCUAGCAUGCAAGCAGGAUCAACUGGCAUUGGAAUAUUUGACAGUGGGCCAAUCAGGAAAGAUAAUGCUGUUGAGGCUCAAAAUCGUUUCCUGGAGUCACUUAUGUCCAAUAGUGCGCGGAAUCCUUCGGCAGGCACUAUCUCUAUAACUGGAGGUAUGAAUGAACUUGUUAGUACUAGCUUUGGCAACAUUUCUGUGCGCGGAGGUGAGAGCGGGGUCAAUCUGAACUAUCUUUUGGCACAGAAAGGACUGUUGGAGAGACAAAACUCUUUGCAAAACCCUGUUUCAUAUUGGACAGGAGAUGCUCCAGCAUCAAAAGUACAUCCCAUGGCUGAUACAUCUCGCCAAUCUUUGCAAUCUCAAAAUGUUGAUUUACUAGCCAUGCUGCAACCAAAGGAGAAGCCUCAAGUUCCUACUGGUAAUUCGGGUCUGCCACUAUGCUCCAAUUACCCUGAAGCAAGUAUCGUUAAUCCCAACUUGCAUAGUGGAGAUCUUGCUCAAGGGGCUCUUAAUAUGCGUCAAGAUAUGCAGAACUCCCAGAACAUUGGUAUUGGAGUUCAACAACACAACUUAAUGCCACAAAACCGACCAGCUUUGGCUCAGUUGCCAUCUGAGAAGCUUGCUGAGAUGUCUCAAGAUCCACAACUGUUAAAUAUGAUUCGUCAAGAUCUGCAGAACUCCCAGAACAUUGGUAUUGGAUUUCAACAACACAACUUAAUGCCACAAAACCGACCAGCUUUGGCUCAGUUGCCACCUGAGAAGCUUGCCGAGAUAUCUCAAGAUCCACAAAUGUUAAAUAUGCUUCAGCAGCAAUAUCUUUUGUCACAACUACAGUUGCAGUCUCAGACACCUUUUACACCUCAGCCUCCACUCUCUAUGUUGGACAAGAUGUUAUUGCUCAAGCAGCAGCAGCAGCAGCAGCAACUGCAGCAGCAGCAACAACAACUGCAACAGCAACUGGAGCAGCAACAAAAGCUAUUGUUGCAGCAGCAACUGCUCUCUCAGAUGGUGCCUCACGCGCAUCCUAAUCAACACACUGAUGAUUCUUAUGCAUUGAAGUAUACUUCUGUGCCAUCUGAUGAUUCUACCAGUCUUGGUUUUAGAAGAAUGCAAGAGGCUAUUGAAGUAGAUCAGAAAUUUUCUGUCCAUGGUAUGCAAGUGGGUCAACAACCUAGUCAGUCAAUUAUGAAUUUUAGAAAUAUGGAUGGUAUAGCUUUAUUGCAAAAUCCUGUAACUGCACUGCCGGUGCCCCAUGAAACUGCUGUGGGUGCACUUCCAAAAGAGGACCACUCUCGUCCUGGAAUGUCGGAAGAUUUUGCAAAUGUCGACUUACAAUUGAAAUCAACUAUGGUACACUCAAAGCUGGUGGAAGUUGCAGAUAGGAACGAGGGUUUUAAAUCUCACGAAGUGGACACUGCAGCAGAAAAAAAUAAAAUGUCUGAAAAGGAGUUGAAUUCUGGAUCUACUAUAAUCAUGGGGAGUGCUUCUGAUGAAGCUAAGAAUUUGCAUGAACCACCACUAGAUCCAAAGUCAGAAAAUUUAUCUUCUGAUAUUUCUGGUCAGGUUCAAGAGUCAAACCUGUCUGCAGAAGAUACGCCUCCUGGCAUCACAGCAGCUGUGGCAACUGAAGUAAAAGUUACUGAUACACAGGAGACCAAAAAAGCAGAAAAGAAAAGGAAGCAAAAGAAAAAACAGGCUGCUGCAGAUGCUGGCAAAGGAACAUCAAAGGCGGUUGUAGCCCAGCAGCAAAGGCAGGAAACUGAGGUUGACAAUUCUGAUAUUGGUGGUAAUAAGCAUGAUUUAACAGAUGAUACAGAGGAACUAUUUUGGGGUUCACCUAUCAGAGUGCAAAAUGAGAUUUUACCCUCCAAAAGUUUUCCAGAGGAACAUGACGCUGACAAAGCUGAAUCGCAGUUUAGUUCUCUAUCAUCUGAUCCUCAUAGCAUGGCAAGCCAGCGUGCAUGGAAACAACCUACUCAAGGUCUCAGGCCUAAGUCACUGCUAGAAAUCCAAGCUGAGGAACAACUGCGUGCACAGAAAGGAUUAACUACUGAAACUGCUAAGCCAGCAGCUUCAGUUCCUUCAAUUUCUUGGAGUGGCAUGUCAAUAUCUUCCGAGCAACAUUAUGGGGGUUCAAAUAUAUCAUUGGGAAGUAUGGAAAGUGCUGUUGAGAGAAAUAAAAGAAGCCAGUUGCAUGAUUUGCUGGCAGAAGAAGUUCUGGCGAGGUCAAGCAUUGCAGAUAAUGAGAAUAAUGCCAACGAUGCAUUUUUCUCUCCUCUGUCGCCUGCUGCUGUUCAGGCUGAUGCUCCUGCCCUUGAUGAUAAUGACUUCAUUGAGGCCAAGGACAAAAAGAACAAAAAGAGGUCAGCAAAAACAAAAGCUUCUACUGUGAAGGCUCCAUCACCUGUUGUUUCCUUUGAUCCACCAGCUAUUUCGAUGCCUUCUGAAAAGGGAAAGUCUGCCAAGCAAGCACAACAGGAGUUAGAAAUAUUGCCAGCUCCACCAAGUGGUCCAUCGUUUGGAGAUUUUGUUCUUUGGAAGAGUGAUCAGACUAGCUCUGUGCCUGCUCCAGCAUGGUCUAAUGACUCAGCAAAGGUGCAGAAACCUUUGUCUUUGAGAGAUAUUCAGAGAGAACAAGAAAGGAGAACCGCAUCUAUCCAGCAACAAGCACCCUCACCAACUCCAGCAAAGGUGGCCCCGAACCAAAGAAGUCAUGUGAAUGCUUCUUCCUGGCAAGCUUCUGGACCACCUCCAUCACAGGCAGUUGCCCCUGUCCAAAUGAGUUCCAAUGCUCCCAGUCAUUCCAGGUCAAGUGCUGAAGAUGAUUUGUUUUGGGGCCCUUCUGAGCACUCCAAACAAGAUACAAAGCAGUCUGAGUUUCCAAGUCUGUUGAGCCAAAGCAGAAGUUCCAUGAUGAAGGAUCAUUCUGCACUGAAUCGUCAAAAGUCUCAGGCAGGCAGAUUGCCAGUUCCUUCUGCUGCUACUGCAAACCAAUCUGGCAAAGGGAAAGCAGAGGCUACAAACAAGCAGACUGAGGCAAUGGACUUCAGAGAUUGGUUGGAUAGUGAAUGGGCCAAGCUUACUGGAACAAAUGAUGUAAGCUUCCUUGAGUUCUGCAUAAAGCAAUCAACUACCGAAGCGGAAAUACUCCUCCAUGAGAACAUUGGUUCCCUUGACCGCAACCACGAGUUCAUCGACAAGUUCCUCAACUACAAGGCCUUCCUGUCAGCAGAUGUGAUCCACAUGGCCUUCCAAGCUCCCAGCAGCCGUGGUGACGGUGCAGGGUGGGCAAACCCUGCUGCUGCAGCUAGAGGAGGCACGGUCAUAGACGCGGAGCUGGAUGGCGGCGGGAAGAAAAAGGGGAAGAAGGGGAAGAAGGUGAGUGCCGCAGUGUUGGGGUUCAACGUGGCGAGCAACCGUAUAAUGAUGGGCGAGAUCCAGAACGUGGAUUAGGAGGAUGGCGGCACACCAACACCACCGUGUAUAUAACAUAGUUUGGCCUUUGGUUACAUGCCACCGAAGUCUCAGGGCUCGAGGGAAGCUGGGGGUGCUCGGAAUGGCGGUCUGGUCUACCUGUUUUUGCCGAGGGUGGGAAACUGAGCUUAGAUACAGGGUCAUGUGCUGGUGAUUUUGGGUUCCUGUAACAAUUGGUUAGGAUCCUGUAACGGACAGAAAUAUUUUCUUCAAUAGAAACUCACCAGAUGGAUUCAGUUCA